UCUUUCUGGUGGGCUUGGGGGAGAUGGCAUGUGUUUGAGAAAUCUGGAGUUGCCCCUGUAUAUCUUUUUGCGUUGCCGAUUUCCUUGCGGCGAAAGGAGUUGAGGAGAAAGAAGAAGGGCAGUGAGUGUGUGUGUGUGAGAGAGAGAGAAAUAUUACAGCCACUUUCUGGCGCUGGAAAUAUGAACCUUUGCCGGCUGAGAACCUGCACGAACAGACCGUGCCCAUGGUGAGGAAGAAGAAGACAGUCUCGGCUGCCGAGGACCGCCAGAAUGGAAUGACGGCGAAAUGUCUGGAUGUGAGCAGCGAUGAAGGGCUGAAGAGGUUGGGUAAAAGGUCUGGGGAAGAGGACAGUGCUGAAGGAGAUGGGGAGAGUGAAGAAGGAGGCAGCAGCUCUCAACACAACACAAAGAGAGAAGAUCCAUCAGCAAUUGCCACAAGCCCAGAUCAACAUCAUUUCUUAAGAUCCAGUGUCAGACCCCCCAGCAAGAGGUUAAGGAAAGAUUCAUCUGCUUUGAAUGGAUCCAGUGGCUUCCAGAACAAUAAAGGAAAAGGUCCUGAGGGGGGAGCUGCUGCCUCUGGUUAUGCAUCUGGCAUUGCUGCUGGCAGCACUGGUGGAAGCAGCAAAACAACAGCAAAGAGCUUAUCUUCCAUUUCGGGAGAAAAGGAAGAAGGGAACAAGAAGAAAGUUCGAAGACAGUGGGAGUCCUGGAGUGCAGAGGACAAAAAUUCAUUUUUUGAAGGGCUGUAUGAGCAUGGGAAGGAUUUUGAAGCAAUACAGAAUAACAUAGCUCUAAAGUAUAAGAAGAAAGGGAAACCAGCAAGCAUGGUGAAAAAUAAAGAGCAAGUUCGGCAUUUCUACUACCGUACUUGGCACAAGAUCUCCAAAUACAUCGACUUCAAUAAUGUGUUCUCACGAGGACUGAAGAAAUCAUCCCAGGAGCUCUAUGGGCUAAUAUGUUAUGGAGAGUUACGCAAAAAAAUCGGCGGGUGCAUGGAUGAUAAAAAUGCAGCUAAACUCAAUGAAUUAAUUCAAGCUGGUGCCACCACAGUGCGAUACAAAGGUCGCAAUUUACGAAUAAAGACUCCAAUGUGCCGGGCGUUGAAGAAAAUCUGUGACCCUGAGGGAAUUAGCGAUGAAGAAGACCAGAAACCUGUUCGACUUCCUCUGAAAGUGCUACUUGAACUUCUGCCACGCAGUAACUACACUUGGGCAAGAGUUCAGAGCUUGGCACAGAAUCCUCGACUAAGGAUGAUGGUGGAGCUGCACCGCAAAGUAUCUAGUCUCAUUGAAUUCCUGAAACAUAAGUGGGCUUUACAAGAAUUCAGAAUUCGCAAAUCAUUAGAAGAACGCCAGCAGGACUCUGGAGAUAAUGAAUCGAGGGGUGUGGGACUUGAUGAAAAGACAGAACUCCAUCUGUAUCCUGCAGAGAAUUGUACAUUGACUGCAUUACCUGGAGUGGCAAAGGUGGUUCAUUCAAAAGCUUGUUGUACAGUGCACUGGCAGGAAACUGGGAGAUGCAGACAAACUGUAAAAGACACUCAUUUGCACCCACCAGCACAGACUCUAUCUAAAGCCUCUGUCACCAAGGAUGUGAUGGUUCCUGUCAACCAAGGUGCACAGGGCACAAUGAAAGGACCUGUUAAGCAAAUGCGGGCCACAAUAGAGGGGCGAAAUGGUAACAAAAUGACUGGGUUGUUGACUGGAGAAGGAACACAAAGCACUGAAGAUGAAAUGCCACCUUCAGAAGGUAUAUCUGCUGAAGAGGCAGCUGUCCAGCAAGACAGUCCAAAACCAGAGGAUUUUGAUGUGGGACAGCAAGAGUUGGGAGAAAAUGGAGAAAGUCUGUUUCAUUCACCUAAAUCUAAUUCAGAGGUUUCUACUGAAGAAUGCAACGGUAAUGAAGCGACUGUUAUGGAGUCCUCAGAAGUAACUACCACUGCUGAGCUCUGUGUAUGUGGGGGGAUUAUGAGCACUGAUGAAAUAUCCCUCUUGGACCCAGUUCCUCGUUACAUGAAAUCUUGUCAGAACUUGGUAGUUCCAGAGAGGUGUACGUGUAAGGUCAAAUCCUCUGAAAAGGAUGUUACUGCUUCACACAUAAAUGGAUUUUCUGGUGAUCCCAGUGCUGUGCAUUUGGAAAACGUAGAAAUGAUGGAACUGAACAAUGAAAAACUUGCCAUUUCAGGGUCGCAGUUGGCCAAUGAUACCACUUUAAAGUCACCUAGUUUGACUACACUAGAUGAUGCUGAUAAUAGGACAAUACCUUCUAAUUGCACUCGUGAACAGCCAGUGUCAUGCACCCAAGAGGUGUCUGAGACCGACUGCCUGAUGAGGCAGGCCUCAAUAAUUACUGUGCCCUCUCAGGGACAACUCAGUAGUGCCAGCAUUGUUCCAAAGCCACUGAAAGAGGAUAGUACCCACUUGGCCCAGCAGGUGCAGGAGGAUGGCUGGAGUCCGAGUACCUCUGAGAAUUUGACAUUGGCUGAAUUGUACCUCAUGCUGGGGAAACCCAACAAAUUGCAGCUCGAGUAUGACUGGGUGCAGACCUCACGGAAUAAUUCAGAGGAAACGGAGAGGACUAGGGGUACAAGUCAGAGGUUGCUGAAAUGCUUGCUGCAGAUUAUCUCCACUGAAGUGAAUCCUAAACCUAGUCCAGAAUCUAGCUCUGUGGCGACAUCUCCAAUGAAGUUAAACCAAGAUGAUCAGAUGCACACUCCACCAGGAAAGGUGAUCACUCUUGCACGUAGCCCUGGCUGUGUUCGUAAUGCUGCAGCAGUUCGAUGUAACAAAACAGUUACUCCCACUGUUACUUCAGGAAUGCGUAAUGUACAGAAGACGUUGGUGGUGCCAUGUUCAUCUGGUAGCUCAGGAAGUUCAAGCAAUGAUGCAGAUAGUGGGGUUUUUGCUGUUCCUACAAUUUUACCACCCAACAGUAGGCAUAACAAAAUAUAUUCACCCAGCAAAGAGACUGACUUGACCUUCAGGCAGCGACUGGAUUCUUUCAGUAGGCCACCAGACAUUUACUUACCCAAACAAAGGAAGUUACGAAAUAAUCGCCCACGCAAGCCGCUAGUGGUUCAGCGAACUCUGUUACCACGGCCAACUGGAAAUUCCUCUCAACAUGUUUGUUCCUUUUCCAUCUUGUCCAAUUCUGCCACAGGUACAGGUUCUUUCCGUCCUCUUCAGUCAUCACUUUCCAAAGCAUCUCUAGCUCGUCCUAUUGUUCCAAAAGCCAUUCCAGCAUCUACUAGCCAGCUCUCUAGUGCAAUCGAUAUGGCAGCUAAAACAGCCGGCAUAAUUCCAGGCAGCCCGAUCCAGACACUUGAUUCAGAAAGGUCACAAGAUUUGACUACUUUGUCAACAGAAGGGAUCUCCAUAGUAACCUCAGACCAAGAAUUAUCCUCAAUCCAAGAGAAUGGAAGCAACACAGAAACAACUGUGACAACAAGGGAGCUUGAAAAACAUACACUUCAAAAUGGACUGCCAUCUCCAAGUGAAGCUUCCAACACGUUGUUCACUUCUCCUCCAAAUGUCUCUGCACUCCUGGAUAUAUCUUUACCAGGACCUCCUGAUGACACAUUGUCCCAGGGUGGACCCCACAGCCAAAUCAGCGACUCUAUAAUUGAGCUUGCUAUCAACUCUACUCAGUAUGUCAGUGGUGAUGGUGCUUCUCUCUCUCCAACAAAGUUGAAUGGUGGUGACAACUCAAAGAGUCUCCCUUCUCCCUCAGCCAGUCCUCAACGAAACUGGAUUCCCUCACCUACGCACGAUCCACAGUGGUUUCCAAAUGAUUCUGGUGACUCUUCAUUGGGUAGUCUAUUAUCAAGUCUGAUAUCGCCUGAAAAGGGGCGGAAGAUGCUAACAACAGGUAACUGCAAUAGCAAUAGCAACUCUUUGCUUGGAACAAGCCUCUUGGAUGGAAACUCCAGGGAUUCUUUUGUGUCCCGCUCACUAGUAGAUGUCUCAGAGGUCGACUCUCAGCUGGUGUGUAUGAUGAAUGAAAGCAGCGUGGAUUACAUUGCCCGCUUUAAUGACCUCGCCCAAGAGCUCUCAGGGGCUGAGACUUCAAGGAAAGAAAUGCUUUUUGACAGCGGCCCUCCAAUUGGUGAUCUCUCACAGUAAGGUCAUGAACCGAACAAAGGGGUGCAUUUGAAGCCACCCCAUGCCCCUAUUUCUCAGCACCUUGCCAAUUAAGCUGCCCAUAAUGGGCAUUGACUACUGGAGGAUCCAUUUGUAAAUGACACUGAGUUUUGAAAAAUGUGCAAUAAGUUUGACAGUACUUCCCGUGAAACAGUAUUAGGUUUAUGAUGACAUUAAGCUGGCAGUCAGUGACUUUGCGUGAAGCUAUUAAACAGAAGAGCCCAAAAUGAUCCUGCAAUGGGACUGAACACUAGAGUGAAAUUCUCUUCCAUCGUAUGAAACUAAAAUGCAGUUAGAGCACGUGCUUGGAUUAGGCACGCAAGCAUAACCAUUUCUGAGAACUAAAGAUUUCAUUGUAGAUCUGAUGAUGUUCUUAUGGUUUGUACCAGAUUAUUCCUGGAUUGAUUGAGAAUGUUCUGAGAGAGUUAUACAAACCUUCUGCUUAUAUAUAACACACCCAUCUCUGCUUUGUAUUAAAAGCAAAACAGUAGUAAUCGCAGUGGGGAAUGUCAAAAAAAAAGGAAAAGUGACUGUAUUUUACCUGAAUGAAUGUUAAGAUACAUGGUUCACCUGCUUAUAAUGAUUAUUCUGUCAUUAUGAGAUUGUUUUGGUAAAGGGACAUCAUUAAAAAGAUAAGGGCAGCUUGUACUCAUUACAUUUAUGCCAUUAACUGUUUGUCUAAUGUACAGAUGGAGUACUUUUGAGAAUUCCAUUUGAGCUGCAUGGUGGUAUUAGUAAGCAUGUUCAGAAAGUGUACAGAAUGUCCUGGAGAACUUGACAGUCACAAUCAAGUCCCUGAUGGUCACUUUAAGAAUCAAAUCCUUUGCUUAAUCCACACAUGUGGUUUGGUAGGUGCUAAUUUAUAUGUAAUGGGCUUGUAUGUUAAUUGGGAUUUUUUUUAUCCUGGCAUGAGCCUUUCACUCCCAACUUUGUUCUUACACACCAGAUUUCUUGUUUACACUGGCCCUUUUCAUUAUUCUGUUUUACGGUUUUAUCGUUAUGGUAUUAGUGGAUCACCUCUUUCCCACCUGGAAGCCCCUUCACUUCUCUUUGAUUUGAGCUGCCGUGUCACCUCAAAUGGGCCAUCCAUUAUGCACUCUACUACAGUUCAGCUACCCUUUUGAUAUUCUCUCUAAAUACUUAAAUAAUUUACAUUUUACAAUAUGGGAAGCAAAUAAUUUAACCUAUCUAGGUUCCUCUCUCUUAACUGUCUAUCAACAACAAAAUUUGAAGUUUGAUGCUGAGGCAGUUUAAUUUGGUUUCUCCAUCCAAAAUCCAGUUUCUCCAUGCCCCUUCCCAACUUGUUUCUGUGCUGUAAUGUUUAAAUAUUAAGUUGUUUCUCAUGCUUCACCCACCAUCAUCGUUAGCUGUCCCUGUAACUAAAUCCUAUUGCUGACUGCUUCUGAGGGUUGCUAGCCUGUACCAUGGGCCUUCCUAUGAUUGAAGGGGAAUUCUCAGCCCACGUGCAUCACUUUUCUCUUUCUAAUAAUGUAUAUACCUCUAAUUACAUGUAAAGUUUAAAGAUUUUUCAUCAUAAAGAGCAGUUGCAUAUUUUUUCCUUUCAGAUUGAUGCUUGGGAUUGCUGUGCCCUUGGGAUCCACUGAGCCACAGUUACACUUUGCAGAUACACUGUUUACUUUUAAAUAUUACUAUGAAAUCUCCUGUUGGCUCCAUUAAAACUUUUAAGAAGGUGCAGCCGUGUAUCCAAGCAUGCACACAGAAUUGCUGUCAGUGUCCUUAGUGCAAGUGAGCAAUUAGUGGUGUAAUUCUGAUCUGCUGGUCAUGCCUCACAAUACAGAGAUGAAGCUUUCAGAAGAAUUUUAUGUUUAUUCAAAAAAUGUACCUAAAAUUCUACAGAUUGUGCACUACCACUAACCCCUAGCAAUCUGUGGCCUAGAUGAUCACAUUGUUACUUUUAUGUGUCGUACAAGGUGACUUGCCCUUUGUUUCCUAAUCCAGACUAUGGUUAAACAACUCAAUCAGUAUACAGCACUGCCCCGGAGUAAAUUGAAGGAUUAUCCUGCGACAUUGUACUGUCCAACAACAUCCAAUUGUUGCUUGUUGGCUGAGGACCAAGUUAUUGCAUCCAUACGCUCCCCAGGAACAAGCAAAGUAUUUAUAAAACUGAAUGGUACAACAGGAAACCAUUGUAUUGGGACCACCAGGGUGUGUUACAGUGCAGUAAUUGCAUUGCAGGUUUAUUCAAAAAGCGCUGCAUGUCAGAAAUAGUGACUUCAAAAAAUUUAGGCAAAGAUAUAUCCAAAUAUGCAGAUGCAUUUGUCGCUUACUGACAGCUCACAAUUUGUGGUGCUCAUGAAUUUUUCUUUUAAAAACCUCUUCUGAGAACCUGUAGUUAAUCUGCAUCUUGCAUUCGCAGUUUUGUAUUUUC